CAAAGAUAGGAACCAGAUUAACUCCUACCAUAACUGGUUCGCAGCACCGCACAGUCAAGCUUCACCAUGGCAUCUCAUAACCCAACUGAGGGGUUUAGAUUUAACCACAUUGGCUUAAGAGUGGCGGAUCUCGAUCGGUCAAUCGCGUUUUACUCCGGCAUAUUUGGGAUGAAAGUAGUAGGACGCAAAGAGAUGAAGAUUGCGACACUUGUUUUUCUUGCAUAUCCUGAUACCGCACCUCCAAACACUUCUAUGGUCGCGCGUGAAGGUGUACUAGAACUAGUUUACAGCAAGUCGGCUACCAGCUCUGGUGAUCAUCUGGCUUUUCCGCUUAUCAAACUAGCAUUUACUGUUCCGGACACUCCGGCUGCAAUGGAAUACAUCAAAUCCAACAAUGUCAAAGUACUGAAGGAUGCUGGUAUUGCUUCGGGGCCAGAGGAAGUGGCAAGAUUUGUGGGGUCGACACCAUCCGACUUACAACUCGAUGACGAAAUGUGGAAUGCGCUCACAGCUGUUCCUCUCAUAGAGGACCCGGACGGUUAUCUUAUAGAGAUAAUUCCGAACAGCUUUGAAAGCUCUUGAUGACAAAUACUAUUAAGGCAGUUGUAAUAUCAUCUAGCUCUAGGCUCAAAGCGGCCAAGAUUGUGCUAUACUAAGAUGCACCCGCAUUCUACAACUUAUAAAAAGGACCUCAC